AUGGUGAGAAGAAGAGAAAACCUUACAUUGUCAACCUCAACACCUGCACUUGGAGAGGUUAAAUCGGCAGCAACAACGCCAGUAGCCUCACAAAAACCAAAACAACGAUUAACAAAACAACUAUCUAUGUUGGAGACAUCAAGAGACGUUGCUUGGGAAAGAAGAAAACGUCAGAUGAUAUUGAUUCACGAGAAGAAGAUGAUGCUUCAUAAAGGCGUUUCAGACAAUCUUAGUGAACAGAAGAAAUUAACAGAUGAGGAUUUAAACGAGCUUAAAGGAUCCAUUGAGUUAGGUUUCGGUUUCAAUGAAGAAGCAGGACAAAAGCUUUGUAAUACAUUACCAGCUCUUGAUCUUUACUUUGCAGUGAAUCGUCAGAUGUCUCCUCUCGCUUCACCUAGAAGUAGCCGUAGCAGCAGUGCAUAUGCAUCACCUUUCUCGAUGAGUAUACCUUGUAGCCCGAAGAAAACUGAUUCAGAUUCAUUAAAGAUCGUGUGUCCAGGGGACAAUCCUCAACAAGUGAAGCAGAGAUUGAGACAUUGGGCACAAGCAGUUGCAUGUUCUGUAAUGCAGACUUAUUAA